GCACGGAGCUUGGGCGUUGAUACGCCUUCCAAUCAAUAUCCGUGACAGCCGCAUCCAAUAACUCCUCCAAGAUGUCCUCCGCCGAGACCAAUCCUCGGAAGGCUGUCGUAGUAGGUGCAGGUCCCGUGGGAUGUCUUGCAGCCAUGUCCCUUGCGAAGGCGGGCUGGUCAGUCGAUAUUUACGAAGGCCGGCCAGACAUGCGUCUUCCUUCGUUCAAGGCGGCCGCUCAGCAGCGUUCUAUUAAUUUGGCCAUAUCUGCGCGGGGCCUCGCAGCGAUACAGGCGAUAGACCCAGCCGUGGCGGACCGAUUCUUGAGUACUGUUAUUCCCAUGCGUGGUAGAAUGAUACACGAUGCGCAAGGACGACUCGAGAGCCAGCCUUAUGACCGGGAUGGGCAGUGCAUUAACUCGAUCGGCCGCGCGUACUUGAAUGAGGAUCUGUUGGGCGAAGCCUUGUCCAUCCCGGGAAUCCGUGCAUUCUUUCAGCACAAGGUCAUCGCAAUAGAUUUCGAUAGCAAAACGAUGGCCGUGCGGGACGUCCAGGGUGCGAAGGACGCGACCGUGCCCUUCGAUUUUUGUGUUGGUGCGGAUGGGAGCUACUCGAUCGUACGGCGUCAGCUGAUGAGGGUUGUCCGAAUGGAUUACCAGCAGGAAUACAUUCCCCAUGAGUAUAUCGAGCUGAAGAUGCCAGCGGGUCCGCCGAUAGAGCCUGGCGGUGAUCUUACUUUUUUGCUCGACCCGAACCACUUGCACAUUUGGCCGCGGCACACCUUUAUGCUUAUAGCGCUACCAAAUAAGGACAAGACAUUCACCUGCACCGUCUUCGCGCCCACCGAGGAAUUCGACCGUCUCCAGUCUGAUGAAGUAAUUCUGAGAUGGUUCCACGCCAAUUUCCCCGACGCCCUGCCCCUCAUCGGCGAAGAGGCGCUGCUGCAAGAUUUCCAUCGGAAUCCCCGCAGUGCGCUCAUGUCAAUCAAGGCGAAGCCGUAUCAUUACAAGGACAGGGCUGUCAUCCUUGGUGACUCCGCUCAUUCGAUGGUUCCAUUUUAUGGCCAAGGCCUCAAUUGUGGGCUAGAAGACGUCCGUGUAUUGCAUUCAUUACUUCGCGAUACAGGGGUAGACCCAAUGGUUCAUCCUCCGGAUAGCCAAGAAGACGCGGCAUUGGCCAGUGCGCUCGUUCGCUAUUCUGCAAGCCGACACGAGGACUUGGUCGCCGCAUGUGAGCUUGCCAUGGACAAUUACGUUGAGAUGCGACACUCGGUUACUACGCUGGGUUACCGCUUCCGCAAGGCGCUGGAUAACCUCCUUUAUUCUUUGAACUGGAAGCACGUCACAGCAAAGGACGUCGUUGAGCCGCUUCUCACGAAGACAUUCCUGGCCAAUCCCGGCGGUUGGCUGCCCCUCUACACCAUGGUGACUUUUCGCCCAGAUAUCAGCUACUCUACCGCUCGGCGAAAAUUCCAGCGGCAGUCGCACGUCCUCGAGAUCGCUGCCUGGGUCAGCGCGGGCGUGGCCGCAGGCACGGCAAGCAUCACAUGUGCAAGCAUCUUGCGACGGCUGUAUAACCGGCCGUGAACGUGUACGAGACGUGGAAUGCGGCAGAGUACGAUAUGCCUUCUCUGUCUAUGUAAAUUUAUGAAACUACCUAGCACGCC